UUGAUUGCGUUCACCGACAUCGAUGUUGGAAGGAUUUCUGGCAGAAUAAUUUGAUUGCAGCAAUCAAAAAUUGCUUUAAUGAUUUGGCGGAGUAAAUAGCUGAUUUUGGGAUAAAAGUCUUGGAAUUACGUUUUUUUCUUUACUGACAUUCAGGGACUGAAAGAAAGCAAUACGUUCUGUGUGUUUAGGUUUAAGAGAUUUAACAGAUGAAAAUCCCAGACUUCACGGUGGCAAUAAAGGUAAAAAACCAAGCCGCAUUGCGGAAUAUAAAGAAGUAAAUUUCUUAACUGCUGAACGCUGAUUGGUUAAGAAGUUGUUCCAUUUGACAAAUGGUGGUUACUUAAUCUCCCAGCCUUUUAUUGUUAUCAAGCCAUGUUUCAUAGUUGUCUCCUUUUUAUGACGAUAUUUUCAUGACAGCUGCUUCGAAAAAAUAAAAAAAACGAGUGCAUGAACAAUGCCUGGAAGAUGAAUGAGCCGAAUUUUGAAUUUUGUCGUGUCACAUACACUAAAGAAUCGUAAAAGAGUCUCCGUCUUUUGUUUGAUAAACGGGUUGUAAAUUAUUUCACCUGUUUUUAAAGGGAAAAAUAUUUUUUCUUCGGGGAUUAAAAGUAUUAAGCUUUUUCGUAAAAUGUGAAUCUCUCAGCCUCGCUUCAACUGUGUUUCGCCUUGUAAUGCAAUGUUUGAUUGAUUUCUGGUCGAUGCCGAGACGAUGGAGUAAGUCGGAGCUAUUAAAACAAAAUGUUGCGUGCACAGAAGUGAAUAUGGCAGCGCUUGUAGUAGUAAACUGGGAAAAACCAUUUCCGCGGUACGUUUUAUAGAUUAGAUGACCUAAGGCGAUAAGAAAAUGGAUGUAAAAUCUCGCAAGCGAUUGAGAUCGCGGGGCUCUGUUCGUAACUGGCGCCUUAAAUGCGCUGCAUGUUCUUUCCAAUCAGCGGCCUACCCGAUAAUAGCGUUUUCUGUACUUUGGCGUUUAUAUAUCAUUACUUGAUAGUUUCCUACUUUAGUUGGUCAUUGGAGCUGGGUGGAUGUUGAUCUGAGAGAGAAGUUUCGUCGACUCAAAAAUAAACAUGGAAAGCUUAAACAUCACGGAAACCGACUGAGAAAAGCCUUCAACGACAAGAAGUCCUCCUACGUUGGCAAAAUUUGUACAAGAAGACGAACUCAGGAGAGAAACUCGAACAAAACGGACCACAAAAGGACACCAAGAAAACUGCUUCCCAAGGUUUCAGAUUAAUUCCUUACAUCUGUUGAGCGUUCAAGAGUGAGCACUUGCCUGAAUCAACGUAGCGAAGAGUUUAAAUUUCUAGAGUGCGACAGCAAAGAGAUUUCACAGGACACCGGCAACGAAGAGACGAACCCAAACUGCGAGUCGCUUUGAAGCGUUCUACCUGACUGGUAUCCUUCAAAUGUAAACUGAGGUGACCACAAAGGGGACAAUUAUUCACCUUAAAAGCAUUUGACGUCAAAAGUGAAGGUUUUUUCUUAGUAUUUGUGCAGAAGUCUGACAGCGUGGCUUGUUAAUAGCUGCCGAGUUGUACCAUUGGAUAACAUAUCUACGUCCCAGUGUUUACACCAAGACACGACAUUUACACGACUCUCGAGCGGUCCGGAGUAGAACUGAGCACACCUUUGUUGAGCACCAUUCCUUAAAAGUACUUCUCUGCUAUCAUUGAAAACGUGAGCUCUUAUUAAGAGACAAUCUGUAAUUGAAGAAUCCACUUGGGUAAAGGUUAACCCGACGUUGUCACACAGUCCUGAUUUUCAAAUAACUGCGAUGAAAAUGAGCAACAGCACGAACCAAACCCAGGAUCGAUGUCAGCAAGAAAUUCAACGCGACUUCAUUUUGCAAACAGCGUUUCUGAUCCUGAUCAUGGUGGUAACAUUCCUGGGAAACUUCAUGGUGUGCUUGGUCGUGUACCUCCAUCGAAGACUGCGCACCGUCACCAACUACUUCAUUGUGUCAUUGGCCGUGUCCGACCUAUUGAUUUCCGUGUUGUUGGUGCCCUUCCGAAUCCACCAAACAUUACACAAUGGCGUCUAUUGCCUUAACACUGCGCUCUGUUGGACUUGGCUCCUUACAGAUCUGACCUGUGCAUGUGCAUCAAUUUGUAACCUGGCAGCCAUCUCUGUAGACCGGUACAUCGCCAUUGUCCACCCGUUCAGGUAUCAUUCCCUCAUGACUACAAGAGUUGGGUGGGUGAUGAUUGCAAUGGUGUGGACCUACUCAGUAGCCUGGGCGAGCCUCUCCUCGUUCAACUGGACAAACUUCGGUGAAGAGCACAUCUUCACCGAUCAUGUAUGUCAUAAAAAGGACAAAAUAUUCUACACCGUAGCCACGACCAUGGACUUUUACGUGCCACUCCUGAUUGUUUUGAUUAUGUACGGACUCGUUUUCCGUGUGGCGAUGAAUCAAGCCAGAGCUGUAGCCUCCUUACAGCCCGCCUCUAACCGAGACAGACGCGGUCGAAGAUUUUCCAUAAACAUCGUUAAAGAAGUGAAGGCUGCGAAGACUUUAGCCAUUGUCAUUGGAGCAUUUGUCAUCUGCUGGUUCCCGUUUUUCACACUUUUGCUGAUCAGUUUGUGGAAACUUGAAUUGUUAAAACAACUUUCUGAACAGACCCUCCUGGGGUUGCGUGGCACGUUCAAUUACGUCCUGCCAACAAUCAACAGCACUUUGAACCCAAUUAUAUACGCCUUGUUUAACAGGGACUUCAGGUCAGCAUUCUGCCGAUUGCUCCAGAGGACAUUUGGUAGCUCAUGCUCCAGAUCUAACAACAAUUCAAACGUUGACGAGUCUCAGUAUUCUAUGAACAUUGCUGUAACUAACGCAAGCCCUAAGGGUAAGCUAACGAAGAACGGAACUGCGAAGAAGACUAAAUUCCACGAGGUGUAUGGCGAGGAGGAAGCAGGAGCAGCGGAGGAACCAAAGCCUGUAGCAACGAAGAGACGAACCCAAACUGCGAGUCGCUUUGAAGCGUUCUACCUGACUGGAGCUCUUAUUAAGAGACAAUCUGUAAUUGAAGAAUCCACUUGGGUAAAGGUUAACCCGACGUUGUCACACAGUCCUGAUUUUCAAAUAACUGCGAUGAAAAUGAGCAACAGCACGAACCAAACCCAGGAUCGAUGUCAGCAAGAAAUUCAACGCGACUUCAUUUUGCAAACAGCGUUUCUGAUCCUGAUCAUGGUGGUAACAUUCCUGGGAAACUUCAUGGUGUGCUUGGUCGUGUACCUCCAUCGAAGACUGCGCACCGUCACCAACUACUUCAUUGUGUCAUUGGCCGUGUCCGACCUAUUGAUUUCCGUGUUGUUGGUGCCCUUCCGAAUCCACCAAACAUUACACAAUGGCGUCUAUUGCCUUAACACUGCGCUCUGUUGGACUUGGCUCCUUACAGAUCUGACCUGUGCAUGUGCAUCAAUUUGUAACCUGGCAGCCAUCUCUGUAGACCGGUACAUCGCCAUUGUCCACCCGUUCAGGUAUCAUUCCCUCAUGACUACAAGAGUUGGGUGGGUGAUGAUUGCAAUGGUGUGGACCUACUCAGUAGCCUGGGCGAGCCUCUCCUCGUUCAACUGGACAAACUUCGGUGAAGAGCACAUCUUCACCGAUCAUGUAUGUCAUAAAAAGGACAAAAUAUUCUACACCGUAGCCACGACCAUGGACUUUUACGUGCCACUCCUGAUUGUUUUGAUUAUGUACGGACUCGUUUUCCGUGUGGCGAUGAAUCAAGCCAGAGCUGUAGCCUCCUUACAGCCCGCCUCUAACCGAGACAGACGCGGUCGAAGAUUUUCCAUAAACAUCGUUAAAGAAGUGAAGGCUGCGAAGACUUUAGCCAUUGUCAUUGGAGCAUUUGUCAUCUGCUGGUUCCCGUUUUUCACACUUUUGCUGAUCAGUUUGUGGAAACUUGAAUUGUUAAAACAACUUUCUGAACAGACCCUCCUGGGGUUGCGUGGCACGUUCAAUUACGUCCUGCCAACAAUCAACAGCACUUUGAACCCAAUUAUAUACGCCUUGUUUAACAGGGACUUCAGGUCAGCAUUCUGCCGAUUGCUCCAGAGGACAUUUGGUAGCUCAUGCUCCAGAUCUAACAACAAUUCAAACGUUGACGAGUCUCAGUAUUCUAUGAACAUUGCUGUAACUAACGCAAGCCCUAAGGGUAAGCUAACGAAGAACGGAACUGCGAAGAAGACUAAAUUCCACGAGGUGUAUGGCGAGGAGGAAGCAGGAGCAGCGGAGGAACCAAAGCCUGUAUAAACAAUCGUCUGCCUCGUACACUGACCCUAAGUUUUUACGAUCGACGAUUCUAAUUUUGGAGAAGUCUACUUCAGAAUUAAAGGAAUUGGGACUGAAGGAGAUAAAGCUUGACGAGGGCCUGACCUCGAAGCUUGACGCAUCACGAGGCAGUUGACUUGCCCAAGUUAUCAGUAAGCCGCCUGUAAGAAUUCGUACUGAACUUUUGACGCAUCAUGGACAGAGAUCACGGAAAAAAUUCUUGGCACCUAGAAGAAGACUUAGUGAAUUGUUUCGCUCAUCGAACACUAAUUAAAAAGGUAUAAAACUUUUGCGUUCCUAACGUGGUUUGUUAUAGGUUCAUAAAAUGGCGUACCACAUAAAGCAGGAGCACCUUGAUGCUUAUAGCGGAACAAUUUCAAGAAGAUCUUGCUAUGCUGUCCAUAUGAGAUUGUUUUAAAAUGUAAAUAGGACUUUCGAUCGGUUAUAAAUAGCUUCUUGCAGUCUGGGAAUACAGAUACAGCGUCCUAGGUGCAAAUGGUGUCCCCACUUUUUUUUUUUUUUUUUUAAAGCCAAAUACCCUUUGACACUCAGAUAAAGUCUUUUAUUAAUCUUGUUGAAUGCCCCAUGCUGACAGGAGUGACUUAAUCACGGUGGUCCCAGACUGCUGGAAGAUACCGAGCCAGGAAUCGUAUGCAAAAGUUGACUGGAUAAGAUAAUUACACUUAGUAUAACCAUAUGGUAACAUCACGUUUAGUUAACUUCAUUCCACUACCGUAAUUGAACGUUAACUGAGUGAUGCUUCGGUUGUCGCCUUGCUGGCGCGCCUUUCUUUCAGAGCGCGAAAAUUAAAUUAAAUAAACAAACACAACAACAACAACAACAACAACAACAAAAAC